AGCGCCCGUCAUAGAGGACUGGGCACUCAGGUUGCCAACUUUCUACUACGACGAUGGGGGGCCGUAUCCAGCAGGACUAGACAGAGAGACGUUGCUGUCCGGAAUACCGUAAUGGAGCGUGACAACAUGGAGCAGGAGAUCAAAAUCAAAGCUGACAGAGCUAGAGAGGACAGGCUCUGAUCAAUGCCCCCGCCCCCAAAACCUUGAAUAUCAAGCUGCAGUUGCCGCCACCAGACCCAGAUCAUCACCGAUCGAAUCUCUACUCCACGGCCCCUACUAAUCUCCCUUCAACUCCCCCCCUUAGGUAGCACAGCGUCUGCCAUGCCAAUGCCGUCUGCACCUUUCUCGCCAUCUGCCAUCCAGCUAUCUCACAGCGUCAUGUCCUAGCUGGUGCCAAAUCUCGGCAGAAGAUCCUCAUGUAUUUGUUGUAGCAGCAGCAGCAGCAGCCCAGUUAACUCAAUUGCUCAGUUGGUUCAGGUGUGUCUGUCCCGGCAACGUGGCAGCUGUUAGUCUCAGUCGUUCGCGGGAGCCAUUGCAACGGUUAUGCGAGCGGGUUUGUAAUGCUGAGGGUGUUUCGUUGAGGUAGAUAACCUAAGUUACGGGUCCCUUUUGAGGAAGUCCAGAAGCUGCUCACUUCCGUGGAGUUGAGUGCGUGUUGAGCGACAGCAGGAGCGGUCACCAUGUGCGUCGGCUUUGCAAUGGCUGCGUGGUAAUGUAAUGCAGUGGUCUACUGUGGUGAGUUGAUUGAUUGCAGUGGAGUUGCGCGAAGAGGGGUUUUUUCGUUUUUCUUCUUUCCUCCUUCCAGCGUGUAUCGAAUGGAUAAGGCGAUGAGGACCUCAAUGCAUGGGAGGAGUUGCCUAAAACUUGCAAUUUUCGUUGUGCUCGGUUGUUCCUGUUUCUCCUUCGCAGGAUUGCUUCGAUUGCGAGUCGGUCUUGUUGCUAGGAAGAGUUUAGUGCUGCCGGCUCUCAGUUUUCACGGCAUGGCAUGGCAUUCUUUAACCGCUACCUUGAGUCAAGAAAAUAUUUAGACAUAUAUUGAGUACUCCCACCUCAAGACACACUGUCAGGACAACUACUUUCACCUUGCUUCGCUGGCUUCUUUUAAGUGGGCACCGGUGGCACCGUGGGCGUCAACUACGGCACUUUAGGCAACAAUUUGCCUUCCUCAGCCCAAGUCGCCCAGCUGCUCCUCUCCACAUCCCUCCGCAAUGUCAAGAUCUACAACGCUGAUAAAGCCAUCAUGGAGGCCUUCGCCAACACCAACAUCAAACUUGUUGUUGGCAUCGGGACAGAAUCCAUUCCACUUCUCGCCAGCAGCUCCACGGCCGCGCAGGCUUGGGUGCAAUCCAACAUUGCUGCGUAUGUGCCGGGGACUCAAAUAACUGCCCUCGCAGUCGGCAACGAGGUCUUCACCACAUCCCCGCAGAUGGCAUCCCAACUCGUUCCCGCCAUGGUCAACAUACACACCGCUCUCGUGAACCUCAAGCUCGAUUACAUCAAGGUGAGCACUCCACACAACCUCCAGGUGCUGCAAAAGUCCUUCCCACCGUCAUCCGGCGCUUUUCGGGCUAACAUCACCAACGAGGUGAAGUCUUUGCUGGCCUUUCUGUCCGCCACCAGCAGUCCUAUCAUGGUCAACUUCUAUCCCUACUUUGCAUACCGCGACGACCCCAAGAACGUCUCGCUCAACUACUCCCUCUUCCAGCCCAACACAGGCGUCACGGACGUCAACACAGGCCUACAUUAUAACAACAUGCUGGAUGCGCAGCUAGAUUCAGUAUACUCCGCCAUGGAGCGGUUUGGUUACCACAAUAUCCCAGUCCUGAUCUCUGAGACCGGCUGGCCCUCCAGCGGUGACCCCACCGAGAUUGCAGUCAGCGCCACAAACGCCCAGAUCUAUAAUCAGAACUUGAUCAAAUAUGUCACAUCCAACAAGGGGACGCCUCUCCGCCCUUCUACAUCUGUCGACGCGUACAUCUUCGCGCUCUUCAACGAAAACAUGAAACCUGGACCUGGAUCAGAGCGAUUCUUCGGCCUUUUCAACCCCGACAAAUCGAUCGUGUACAAUCUGGGCAUAGUGACGAACACGUAUCCACCGAUUUCUGCAACUCCACCCUACACCUCCCCGAUUUCUCCAACUCCUCCUGUUGUCUACCCACCUCCGCAGCCGUCGCUUCCACCGCCUGUGUACUCUCCGCCAGUUCCGCCUGCGAACAUUUAUCCUACUCCUCCGACACCGCCUGUGCUUACUCCUAGUCCUCCAUAUUAUGCUCCGGUUCAAAGUGGGAAUCCCGGCAAGACAUGGUGCGUCGCGAAGCCAGGGUCGGGCGAGUCAGAGGUGGCGAAUGCAUUGAAUUUUGCGUGCGGUGAAGGGGGUGCGGAUUGUGGGGAGAUUCAGGCCGGUGGGGCUUGUUACAGUCCUAACACUGUGCUUUCGCACGCUUCAUUUGCGUUCAACACUUACUAUCAGAAGAUGGGUAGGAAUUACUGGAACUGCUACUUUGGAGGGACGAGUGUGAUCACCAUAACGGAUCCAAGUUAUUCAGGGUGUAGAUUUCAUUGAUUAUUUGGGUCUGAAGUCGUAAGCACAGCUUAAGAAGCUUUAUGAGGAACAGUAUUGAUAUCAAUGUAGUAGUGCUUGUGGGGGGAAGUUGCCACAAUUGCCAGUCAGGACGACGAUGAUAGGAUGAUAGUUGGAUAGUGUAAUAGCAGUGGUGAAGACUAAGUGAACGGUAUGGAAUGCCUCAAGAAUAUUUGAUUCAGAGCUGCAAAAACGGUUUGCGAUGCGGAAGUGGGUUCUCUCUUCCGCCUUUUGAGGGGUAAGGCAUUCUGUGACGUAAAGCAGCAUUUUUGUGAAAUUUAUCACUCAAUUUGUCAUGCAUAUAAUUUUUUUGAAAUAAAAAAAGUACGCGGAAAUGCUUUACUUGCCGAAUGUAAAACUGGGAAACGUACAGAUUUAAAGUGA